GGAGGAGGAGUGGGCGGCCUCAGCCUCGCUCUGACCCUCGCAAGAUACCCUGAUAUUUCUGUCACCAUCUACGAGGCAGCCAAGAACUUUACAGAAGUCGGCGCGGGCGUCGGGCUGUGGCCGCGCGCGCUGAAGGUACUGGACAAGCUCGGCUUGCGCCAGGAGGUCGUAAACCUGGUGGGCGGCCUUGACCCGGACAAACCGGCUCAUGUAUUUCACUACAGGAAGAGCAAUGAGCACCGUGGUUUAAGCUUUUACGAUCUCGUCUCGCCAGGUGGCCUCCUCCGUUUCCACCGUGCCGACUUCCAGAAAGCGCUCCUCUCGCACUUACCCCCUUCCCACUCCGCGCACACGUCAAAACGCCUCGCAUCCUACACCCAGCCGUCCUCCCCCUGCCAGCCUAUCACCCUCACCUUCGCGGACGGCACCACCGCGACGUGCGACCUCCUCGUCGGUGCGGACGGUCUACGCUCCAGCACGCGCGCAGGGAUCGUGCGCGAGCUCGUGCGGAGCGGGCGGGUGGAGUCGGAAGAGCUUGCCGCGCCCAUAUGGAGCGGCGAGGUCGCGUACCGGGCGCUGAUACCCAUGGAGGAGAUUAGGGCAUCCCAUCCGCAGCAUCGGUGUAUAACAACGCCAUCGCAGGUAUUUCCUCCGCCCGCUUCUCUCUUUUGCACUCAAUCGCUGAAGUGCAAGUGUGCCUGCUAUGUCCUAACAUACCCUAUACAACACGGCACCCACCUCAACUUCGUCGCCUUCCAGCGGCGCCCGGAGUUGGAGGGCACGACGUUCCCCGGGCCCUGGAUGGCCGAGGUGGAGCCGGGGUCGAGCGAAUGGAAAGAGCCAUAUCGUGGGUGGGACGAGGAGGUGCAGCAGUUACUCGAGGUGGCACCCGCCCCGCUUAGAUGGGCGAUACACACCGCUCCGCCGCUGCCUACUUGGGUAUCGGGCAGGGUGACGAUACUCGGCGACGCGGCGCACGCAAUGGCCCCACACGAAGGUAGCGGCGCCGGCCAGGCGAUCGAGGACGCCUACAUCCUGGGCACGCUCCUCGGGCACGCUCUCACGACCCUCGACACAUUGCCAGCAGCGCUAGGUGUGUACGACCGCGUCCGCCGGCCGUUUGCCGAGCUCGUGCAGCGCAAGUCGCGCGAGAACGGGAUGUUGUUCACCUUCCAGCGGCACGACGUGUGCGACAACAGCCCCGCGACGCUGGCCGACCUCGCGUACUCGGUCAGAACGAAUUGGGAAUGGGCGUGGAGCACGAGUGUGGACGGGGACGUCGAGCGGGCGGUGCGGAUGCUGGAGAGCGAAGUUGGUGGGAGGUAG